GCAGCCCUGACCACGCUCAGCCAGCCCUGCCUGGCCCCUGCCAGUGCCCAGCACAGCUCCUGAGCCUCCAUCCAGCACCCUGCUGCCCCACAGGGACACCCACUGCAGCUUUCCCACCAGGACUGCACCAGCACGGACAGCACUGCGAGUUCCACCAGCAACAACAUUCCUACCACAUUAGAGGGAAAAUCUUAAAAUAAGAUUCUUCUUUUAGCACACUCAGCACAACUUGCAAUGGCUGUGGAGUGUGUCGUGCUUCCUCCUUCUCCAUCUUCCCCCUCACGUCAGAGGUACCAUCCGGCGUGAUCACAUCCUCCAGUUAACUCCAUUUUGCAUUUAAAAAACAGCUUCUGGUGACAGUGACCGCUGUCACCAGUUCCUGGCUCAGUGACUAUAUUACAUAUUUAAUAAACAGCUGCAUUCGUUUCCAUAAAUAGCUAAAAUGUGUGCUUGAAACUGCACAGCCUCUGGUAAAUUCAGGGUAAAUAAACAAGUAACACAACUUAUAAAUAUUAUUCUUAUGUUCAGUAAAGCAGGGUGAACUUUGAAACCUGACAGCCAUGUCACAGAAGUCAAGAAUUGCCUUAAUGCUACUGUGGAAGAGUCACAGGGGACAGCACAAGAGUCUGACCUCAGAAGGGACUGAGCAUUUCUAAAGGUUUAUGCAGCUUCCUUUUUGUGUGUUGUGCCAAGACAACGUGAUUUGCACGCUGAGAAACUUCAGAACUUUUCUAUGUUUUACCCUAUCAGUCUCAGUCAUCUGGUGAAUCAGGUUUGCUGUUUUUGCACACCUGGCUGACAUUAUUCACACUCCAGGCUGGCCCAAGCGUUCAGCAAGAGCAGCUGCUGCAGUGUGGAAGGCUGUGUGUGUGUGCCAGCCCUCCCAUACACCUGGGCUCCAUGGACAGGGCCAGGCCGGGGAGGUGACAGUGCUGCUGUCACUGCUGGGCUGCUCACAGCAGCAGGACAAGAGCAGCAGGGGACACGGGAGCCCCCAGCCCCACCCAGCAGUGACAGGGCUCAGCCUGAACACGGCUGCUCCACAUCUGUCCCCAAGCAGCCUGAGGCUCCCCGAGGGAUGUGAAGCCAUGUGUGAGCACUGCUCAGUGCUGGGCUGUGGGACCCCUCAGCCCCCAGGGCUGCACUGCCAGGAGCCAGGAUCUCUGUCUCUCCCACAGGUGUCCCAGCAAGAGCAGAGGCCCCGGGCCUGGGAAGGGACAGCGCUCUGGACCUGCAGCAGAGUGCCACAGCAGAGCUGAGGGAAGGAAUGAAGAUACUGCAAGAUGUUCAACUCCAGCAGCAGCCCCUGGGGGAACAACUGCAGCCACAGCACGGUGAUAACCACAAGAGUCAUCCCUCUGCUCUACUCCUUCAUCUUCCUCGCGGGGCUCUCGCUCAACGCCGUGGCAGCCUGGGUCUUCCUCUACGUUCCCAGCACAAAGAGUUUUAUUGUCUAUCUCAAGAACAUCGCCGUGGCCGACCUCCUCAUGAGCCUGACGUUUCCUUUCAAAAUCCUUGCGGAUUCAGGCGUUGCCCCCGCGGGGCUGAACCUGUUGGUGUGCAGGUACUCGGCGGUUGUGUUCUACAUGAACAUGUACAUCGGGAUCGCCUUCUUCGGCCUCAUAGGCUUUGACAGGUACUACAAAAUCGUGAAGCCUUUGUUCACCUCCUUUGUUCACACAGUUAACUACAGCAAGGUGGUCUCCAUAAUCAUAUGGCUGUUACUGAUGAUUCUGUCAUUUCCAAAUAUGAUUUUAACUAAUGAAAUCACUAAAGACAAUGACUCCAGAAAAUGUAUAGGUCUUAAAAGUGAGCUUGGCAGACAAUGGCACGAAGCAACAACUUAUAUUUGCACAGGGAUUUUCUGGAUUGUUUUCUUCCUGCUAAUCGUAUUCUACACUUCUAUAUCCAAGAAAAUAUACAGCUCUUACAAAAAAUUCCGGAGGAGCUCAGACAUGGCCAAGAGGAAAACCAGCCGGAACAUAUUCACCAUCAUGUUUGUGUUUGUCAUUUGCUUUGUGCCCUACCACCUCUGCAGGACCCCGUACACCUUGAGCCAGACCAGCUCCCACUUCACCUGCCAGGCCCAGAAAUCGCUCUUCUACGCCAAGGAGUUCACUCUGGUGCUGUCUGCUGCAAACGUCUGCCUCGACCCCAUUAUUUAUUUUUACCUCUGCCUCCCCUUCAGAGAAAAGCUGUAUCAAAAACUGCAUCUCAAGCUGAAAGCUUCAAGUGAGGUUGAAUUUUCUAAAUCCAGAAGAUCAAAUACACUUGGGGAAAGUAUAAACAUAGUGUAGGUUUGUGUCUCUACAGUAAUGCACAUUUCAGGAAGUUAUUCAUGAAUGCAGAUGUCUCAAAGGAACAGAGACAACCAGCAACUAACAGGAGAGGGGUUCAGCACAGCACCAGCUCUGCUUCUCUGUCUGAACCCAGAACUGCAUGUGCCAAUAUAUUCAGUACCUGCUGUUUCAGACGAUGCCCUGAUUGCAUCUGAUCCCAUCUGGGUCCCAAGUACAGAGAGAGGAGUCCCUGAACAGCACAGUGUGGAUGGAGCUUCAGGCAGUGCCUCUCUGAGAGGAGCAUCCAACAGACCCAGAACCACACCAGUCUGUGU